CGGAGCGAAGCAGCCGGCGGAGCAGGGCGCAUAACCCGGUCAGCCAUGUCAUCAGAGCCUCCCCCUCCGUCACAGCCUCCCACCCAUCAGGUACCUGUUGGGCUGCUGGACACCCCUCGUGCCCGAGAGCGCUCACCGUCCCCUCUGCGGGGCAAUGUGGUCCCGAGCCCACUGCCCACUCGCCGGACAAGGACCUUCUCAGCGACGGUUCGGGCUUCACAGGGCCCCGUCUACAAAGGAGUCUGCAAAUGUUUCUGCCGAUCCAAGGGCCAUGGCUUCAUUACCCCGGCUGACGGUGGCCCUGACAUCUUCCUGCACAUCUCUGACGUGGAAGGGGAGUAUGUCCCGGUGGAAGGCGACGAGGUCACCUAUAAGAUGUGCUCCAUCCCUCCUAAGAACGAGAAGCUGCAGGCCGUGGAGUGGGAGUGUUGCAGCUGCCUGUCUGGGGAAGACAGUUCCUCCGGGAGCCCUGACCCCUGGGCUUGGCAGUCUGGAGCUGGGGACUAAACUCUGACUCCUCUUGGAAGCCUGAUCUUCUCCAUCUGUCUUCAUUACUCAGCAGCCAUCUCACAGCCUCUGUCAUUUAGGCGGUGGUUGGAGGUGGUGGGAGAACGGCUUUGCAGAGGGGAGGGUCUCUGUUUACAAACAGAACUUUCUCCAGACUCUUCCAGGAAAGAGUAGGUAGCUUGCCUCCCGACAGCCUGGUAAAGUCAAAACUUGACAAAUACACCUUGGGUGAGGGGAUUUUCUUUAAAAUUGGUGUCAAGAAAUGCUUAGGGUUUUGUUUUUUGUUUUUUUUUUGUAAUAACUAAAGCUCUCAGCCGAGCCAGCUGUUUGCAGUCUGCUGCCAACAUUGCAAACUUGUGUAGGUAUUUCCACUAAGCAGAUCGUUAGGAUUUUCUUUGCUGUGAUUUGGUUUAGCUUCAGUUGUGAUUUAAAGAUAGAAAUAGCUGGGCAAUAUGGUUUGAAAUAUGUGGCCUACAUAUAGUCAAGGAUCUACUUGUCAACGCAGGGAAGCAAACCCUUUGAAACAGUGGCUUUUGGGCAGACGACGAUGGUUCAGUAAGAGAAAAGGUCAUUUGAUGCUGGAAGCUCUACGGCCUCAUCAAGUGUCUUAACUCAGAUGUGCCUGUCCUUCUCAGCCUAAGGACUGCUUUGUUUGGAGGGGGGUGGAAGGCUAUGGAACUACGUUGCUGAUGACUGGUGGAGUUGUUUUAAAAUAGGCAAGUAAGCAUGUUGAUUGUGUGUGUGCAGUGAAACAUACAAACUGUUGGCAUCACAGUUAAGCGCUGGAUCAGAUUUUUUCUUGCCUGCUGUGUCCCUUGAGGGCCCUCCCCCUCCCGCCUCUGCCUUCUGCUGGGUCAAAGAUGGCCUUUUCCACUGCAGCCUUGGAUUGUUAUCCAGAUGGCUCCCCGGGGGGCCUUGCUGUCUCUUGUGUACAGACCACACUUCCAAAGCUACUUCUGCCAAGACCCGAGAAGGCUCCCUGAGGUUGAGAACCUGCAUCUUCACCCCUUUACUACAGCCUUGUCCUCACCUUGGCACCUGUUGGUACUUGAUGUGACCCUACAUGCUGGAAGCUCUAGGAGCUCUGCCUCAUGGUGAGCUUGGGGGCUGCAUUCCACUGUUCAGAGGUGACCUUUGGAUUCUCUUGCUCAGCAGAAUCCUUUGUAAACGGCUCUCGCUCGGUCCUUCCUGCAUGACUACAUCUUUUUCAAUCGUUGAGUAUUCUAGAACUGCAGGACAAUAGAGCGGGCAGGAACCCCCUCUCCGCUCAAACAUGGAAUCUCAAUUUACAGAUGGGGAAACUCCUCAAGGCUAUGGGAGGGACCUGUGAUGUUGGUGACCAAGCUGGGACUAGAAUCCAGGAUUCCCAAAUCCGGAUUGGGCUUCCCAUCAGCCACCUUUCAAUAAAGUUGCAUUUUGUGA